UUGAAGGAGACGGAAACACAUGAACCGGGAAACACUCGUGGACCCAGCGGCUCCAGAGGCUUCACCUACCCGGCUCCAGGCUCCUCUUCCCCGGGUUCGACCGGCUCCUCGACCCGGCUCCAGAGGCUUCACCUACCCGGCUCCAGGCUCCUUGUCCCCGGGCUCUAUCGGUUAUUCUAUCCGGGCUCCAGUUGCUCUUCUCCCCGGACUACAGCUGCUCUCUCCCCGGGCUCCAGGCUUCUCCUCCCCGGGCUCCAGCUGUUCCUCUUCCCCGGGCAGCAGCUCCUUUUCCCCGGGCUCUACCUGCUCCUCGACCCGGGCUCCAGGCUUCUCCUCCCCGGGCUCCAGGCUUCUUCUCCCCGGGCUCCAGGCUUCUCUCUCCCGGUAGCAUGAUGGCGGUGCUGGGCAGCGCCGGUCGCUUCCUCCACGUUGUCAGGAGCAGCGUCGGUCUGAGUGUGAGGAGACGCUCCACCGCUGCUGCGUUAGCACAGACUGCAUCUCCAGAGACAGUGGAGAACAGGAAACCGAAGACGGGCAUCCUGAUGCUGAACAUGGGAGGACCCGAGAAACUGGAGGACGUUCACGACUUCCUGCUGCGACUCUUCUUGGACACAGACCUGAUGAAACUCCCUGUGCAGAGCACUCUCGGUCCGCUCAUCGCCAAGCGCCGCACGCCAAAGAUCCAGGAGCAGUACAGUAAGAUCGGAGGAGGCUCGCCCAUCAAACGCUGGACCUCCAUGCAGGGGGAGGGGAUGGUGAAGCUGCUGGACGAGAUGAGCCCCGAGUCGGCUCCUCACAAGUUCUACAUCGGGUUCCGCUACGUGCACCCGCUGACGGAGGAGGCCAUCGAGGAGAUGGAGAAGGACGGAGUGGAGAGAGCAGUGGCCUUCACACAGUAUCCUCAGUACAGCUGCUCCACCACAGGAAGCAGUCUGAACGCCAUCUACCGUUACUAUAGCAACAGAGGGGACAGUCCUAAGAUGCGCUGGAGUGUCAUCGACCGUUGGCCCACACACCCACUGCUGGUGGAGUGUUUUGCAGAACACGUCAGUAACGAGCUGCUGAAGUUUCCAGAGGAGAAGAGAGACGACGUGGUGAUUCUGUUCUCGGCUCACUCGCUGCCCAUGGCUGUGGUAAACAGAGGUGACCCGUAUCCUCAGGAAGUGGGAGCCACAGUCCAGAGAGUCAUGGAGAGACUGGGACACUGUAACCCGUACAGACUGGUGUGGCAGUCCAGAGUGGGACCGAUGGCGUGGCUCGGCCCUCAGACCGACGACGUGAUCAAAGGUCUGUGUGAACGAGGGAAGAAGAACAUCCUGCUGGUUCCCAUCGCCUUCACGUCCGACCACAUCGAGACGCUACACGAGCUGGACAUCGAGUACGGACAGGUGCUGGGGGAGGAGUGCGGUGUGGAGAACAUCAGGAGAGCCGAGUCGUUGAACGGGAAUCCUAUUUUCAUGAGGGCGCUGGCCGACCUGGUCCAGUCUCACCUGAAGUCCAACGAGCCGUGUUCCCGUCAGCUGACCCUCCGCUGCCCGCUGUGCGUCAACCCGACGUGUGGAGAGACCAAGGCCUUCUUCGCCAGCCAGAAACUCUCAUAGAAACACACACACACACACACAGACACACACACUGACGUGCAGCAGGGACACCUGUGAAGAAACAUCAGGCCUUCGACAAACGGAGCUUCUCACGCUGUCUCUGCAGCAGGAGGCCGUGGGAAAAUGUGAAGAACAGAACAAAUAGUUUCUGCAAAUAAAUCGAGACUUUUGUUUUGUUGCAGCUGCUGCAGGUCGGACGAGAGCAGCCGUUGGUUCUUCUCUCAAUAGUUUAACAGAUUCAAGCAACUGAAUUUAUGUUAUUUCUUCCUAUUUUGAGUCAAGAGUUUGCUCUUUUAGUUUUAGCGCAGGACGUCUUGAUUGCACGGUCAGAUUUGGUAACGCUGUCACUCAAAACCCUGCGCUCACACUCAAUUCGCCCCUUUUGUUCUUAGAGAAGCUCAAACUCUGCACUUAAAUAUUUUGUUGUUGCUUCAGCUUCAGCUUCAGCUCUUCUCCUUGAGCUCUUCUAAUCUCCUCGUCCCCAACCGAUGAAAUCUCCGUUGUAGUGAUGACAAACUAAUUGUCCCGCCCUUGUUGUCGGUGCGUUAGCUUCCCGUCAAUGGGGGGAAAAUGUGGAAAAGAGAAGAGCUGAAGAUGGAGGAAAUCGAUCCAUGUAAAUGAGUGUAAGCGCAGGGAUUUGAGUGAAAGCAUUAAUAAGUCCUGUUCUCAAACUGAAAGAACACGCUCUUGAAUAAAGAAACGUGUAAAUCAGUAAAGCUCUUUAAAUUGAAAUGGCACUAAUUUGCAGAAACUAUUAGCCGAGCGUUAGCGACGAACUGACGCUCUGCAGAAACUGUUCAUGUCACAUCUCAGCUACAUGUAAACAAGCUUUGCACUAUUUCUUUUUUUUUUUUUACAACGUUUCUUUGCUAACAUUCCGUUCGCCCAGCCCCUGCAAAGCUCCAUCAGAGACCCUGUUGCACUUCCCUCUGGUGCUAAAUCAAUAACAGUCGAUCGCGACGAUGACGCCGCUGCCGCACAUGGGAUCUGGUUGGUCGGCUGUUCCUCUUCCUCGCCAUCUCAGCUUCACGUCACCGGCCCUCGUGCUACUAACCCCGCCCAUACUGCUGAAAUCCUUGCAAUGUGAUUGGUGGAGGUGGUUGGUUCUCGACUGCCUAUGCCUGAUUGGUGAGUUUAAGAGCGAGAAAAAGAGCGAUGAGACCUGAACUGUGGCGCGACUUAAAAGAAUUCAUG